AUGGCAUUUUCAACCACCACUCGUCGUAACUUAUUCAAAUGUAUGUGCCGAACGACAAAUAGGAAAACACUGACAACUCAGACUGACAUGUUAAAGUUUGGCUUCAUGUUUGAUAUUGAUGGUGUCAUUGUCCGUGGGAAGAAGUUAUUACCAUAUGUUAAAGAAGCAUUCCAGUUACUUACAGACAGAUACGGUAACUUCAGGGUCCCAGCUGUGUUUGUUACAAAUGCUGGGAACACCCUCCGUCAAGACAAAGCAGAACAGCUCUCCGAAUGGCUUGAUGUCAAGGUGAGUAGUGAUCAAGUUGUGAUGUCACACAGUCCUCUAAGGAUGUUUCCAGAGUUUCACGAUAAACAUGUACUGGUGUCCGGACAAGGUCCUGUGGUGGAGAUAGCACAGAAUCUGGGAUUCUCAAAAAUCACAACGAUAGACCAAAUACGUCAAGUUUUCCCUAACUUAGACAUGGUGGAUCACAAGAGAAGGAGAUCAUCUCCUAGAGAAGAAGACAUGAGAUUAUUUCCACCGGUAGAAGCGGUUAUUCUGUUCGGUGAACCAGUGAGAUGGGAGACCAAUCUACAGAUCAUCAUUGACGUUUUACUUACCAAUG